AUGAUUGACUACGCUCUUCUGCUCCAGCCUGACAGGGAUCUCGCCAUCCGCAUCGCCGACUUCGUCGACGGCUUCGAUGGCCCACGGUCCUUUAACCAAUCGACACAUGGCCCGCUGUGCUAUGAGCCCACGGGCGUGCUUGUCGAGACCAAGGUUGAUAUCCGACGGCGUGCUGAGGGUAAGGCUCAGCUGGGGGUAUGGUUAGCUGCUUGGUACGGGCGUGUGGCCAAGUUUGCGCCGCUGCCUUCUGAGGAUCCGGGUACGUUGGUGAACCUGCCCUUCCUCCCAGUCCUCCUUGUUGUGUGCGAGAAUUGGGAGCUAUACUUUGCCUUCGACAGAGAGAGCGAGGUUGAGGUGUGCGGCCCGCUCGAGAUUGGCAGCACCGUUACCGUGGAUGGCUCAUACCGCUUGCUCGCGGUGUUGCGACUACUGGCAGGCUGGGUUAACCAAGAGUUCCGUGGGUGGGUUGAGCGGUGUGUUUCGUAG